AUGACCGUGAAUGAAGUAAUUCAUUCACGGUCUAACCAGCUAAACCUCAUUUAUUUACCUGAAACUAAUUCCACCAGAACAAAAGUACAAAUACCUCAAUUACACAGCCACUAUUACUAUCAUCUAUUUGUGGGAAUUGACACCUCAGUGGAGCUUCUAGGUUCGACCAAUUGCUGUAAUCUGGUCAAUUCACCCAAAAUUAGUAUUUCUAAUCUGUCAGUCAAACCAGAAACCACACCCUGCUUGCAGUGUUUCUUUUAUUUUAAUCAUGUGUAUCAUGUGGGUGUGCAAAACACAUCAAGUUGCAUGCUUUUCUGAAUCAAUGAAGAGUCUUCAGUGCAAUUAAGUAAGAGUUGUAAAUUAUGUCAUGUGUGAUGAAGCAUGCAAUCACACAUUCAGGCCGAGUGAGCUGAGAAGAUGCUAGCUAGUAGCCACUCAGCCAUCUUGCAACCCCAGUGUAUUUUGACAACUUUCAAAACUGAAUUCUGAGCAACCUAUUAUUAACUUUUUAAAAUGAUUCUUCCAAGACAACAGCUUAGAUAUUAUAACUCCAAACAUUAUGUCAUAAUGCAUUAAAUCAACCAAAAAAUGUAUACUUUUUGGGUGCAAAACACAUCAAGUUGCAUGCUUUUCUGAAUCAAUGAAGAGUCUUCAGUGCAAUUAAGUAAGAGUUGUAAGUUAUGUCAUUUGUGAUUAAGCAUGAAAUCACACAUUCAGACUCAGAGUGAGCUGAGAAGAUGCUAGCUAGUAGCCACUCUGCCAUCUUGCAACCCCAGUGUAUUUUGACAACUUUCAAAACUGAAUUCUGAGCAACCCAUUAUUAACUUUUUUAAAUGAUUCAGCAGCUUAGAUACUAUAACUCCAAACAUUAUGUCAUAAUGCAUUAAAUCAACCAAAAAAUGUAUACUUUUUGGGUGCAUGACAAUUACAACUUGCAUCAUUAUCAGUAUGUGCGUGUCAUGUGCUUGGUUAGCUUCAGCACACUAAAUUGAGGUGAUCUCCCACAAGACAAGUCAUAUAACAAUCAUAACAUGUGCUGAUGCAAUCCGAAAAGAGGAGUUUGAGUUCAGGAAUAAAACUCACAUAAAAAAACAGUCAUGUGACGAAAGAGGUGUUAUGCAGUGAGACAAGCAGGUGAUCUUUGGCAUCGUGGACAGGGAGUCGGGUAUGUGACUUUUUGUCCCUUCCUUCUCCCUCACUGGAGAGCUACCUGUUCAAAAUCAGCAAGGAAAAUUAUCAGUCAAGUGUAUUUGAGGCCAACUUUCUCAUCUUGGGCGGCGAGGAAGUGGUGUACCUGUUAUUGGGUAAAUGCUGCUCUUUUGGUAAACGGUGACUAUGUACACAUGCACAAGGAGAAUUGUUUGCUCUUCUCUUUAGCUGAUUACAGACGUCUGAAAGAGGAGGGGAGAAACAUGAGCAGUCAGGAGGAGCUCUAUCAUGACUGGAUGGACAGCCACAAUGGAUCUUCUCCAACUAAAAAUGCCACAACCAGUUUGGGAAGAUCUAAUCGUCAAUUUUCUCUGGGAGAUGAGAGCCUUAUAUCGAAUUCCUCCUGUCAGGACACCUCGCAGCUCUUCCCACUCAUGCAAACCAAGUUGUACAAGCGGCGUUGGGUCAUGCUGUUGGUUUUUUGCAUGUACUCCAUGAGCAAUGCCAUGAUGUGGCUGCAGUACGGUAUCAUUGGCAACAUUUUCAAGCGCUUUUAUGAUAUUGGCUCCUUGGCCUUGGACUGGCUGUCUAUGAUUUAUUUCUUCACCUACAUUCCUCUCAUCGUGCCCGUCAUGUGGAUGCUGGACAACCGAGGCCUCAGGGAAGUCAUCAUGGUGGGCUCUGCCGUCAACUGCAUUGGCGCUUGGAUCAAAAGCAGUACGGCUCACCCCGACUCGUUUGCUGUCACCUUCUUCGGGCAGUUUGUGUGUUCAGUGGCCACUGUUUACACACUUGGCAUCCCAUCUAGACUUGCUUCUCUGUGGUUCGGGCAGCACGAGGUUUCCACUGCCUGUUCGAUUGGCGUUCUGGGAAACCAGUUGGGCAUUGCCAUUGGAUUUCUGAUCCCGCCCAUCCUCGUGCCGAAUGUAGAUGAUAUGGAUGAGCUGGCGCACCACAUUAAGAUCAUGUUCUACAUCAGUGCUGGAGCGGCCACCAUCAUCUUCAUCCUUGUGGUCAUUUUUUUUCAGGAGAAACCAGAGCUCCCUCCCACACAGGCCCAAGCCCAGGCCAGGUGCUUUACUCAAGAGCAGUAUUCUUACCGGGCUUCGAUUUGGAGGCUGCUGCGCAACAAGCCCUUCAUGCUGUUAGUUGUCAGCUAUGGACUGAAUGUUGGCUGCUUCUAUGCUGUGUCUACGCUACUGAAUCGAAUGAUCAUUGAACACUAUCCAGGAGAGGAGGUAAACGCAGGCAGGAUCGGUCUGACCAUUGUCAUUGCCGGCAUGGUGGGGUCGCUCAUAUGUGGCAUUUGGCUGGACAAGUCUAAAACAUACAAACAGACAACACUGGUUGUGUAUGUUCUCUCCCUCGUCGGGAUGCUGGUGUACGCCUUCACUCUCAACCUGGGUCACCUGUGGCUGGUGUUUAUCACAUCUGGAGUUUUAGGCUUCUUCAUGACCGGUUACCUUCCUCUGGGCUUUGAGUUUGCAGUCGAACUCACUUACCCAGAAUCAGAGGGGACCUCAUCUGGACUCCUUAACUGUUCAGCUCAGAUCUUUGGAAUCAUUUUCACCAUUUCCCAGGGAAAGAUAAUUGACAGAUGGGGUACUUUGGGGGGAAACAUCUUCCUGUGUGUCUUUCUGCUGAUAGGAACUGUAAUGACUGGAUUUAUCAAGUCUGACCUCCGGAGGCAAAAAGCCAAUCUCCAGGCCGAGGAACAAAUAAUUAGUCCUGCAGGCUCAGAGACGUUGGUGCAGGACUACGGGGGCACAUCUUGCAGCAGCCCCUGGCAACGGCAGACUUGACAUAAAACUACAACCUCAAUAAAAAAAACAAAACACACAUCUGCCAAGAAAAUAUCUGCCAUUCAAGCUGAAAACAUCUCGCCCCCUGAGAACCUGACAGAAGGGAAGCUUUAAUUAAGAAUACAAGCACCAUAGUCACCAUGCAUUCUGCUAUGAAGCCUUGUCGACGCAGAUUGGUCGCGGUAGCAACCGACAACCCUGCUGCAUAUUUGUUGCACUGUGCCAUAACACACAUACUGUACACUCAUACAUGAUAUUCUAAUCCCAAAACAAGCACAAGUACAAUGCACUUCAACCUCAUGUCUUUACAUUCCUCAAUUCUGACCCUCAUCCACAAUCCUCAUGUGAGAGAUGAGCACGUCUUUCACUUUUCUGUGUGUUCUAAAGAUAUAAAAGCAGAUAAAAAGAGACAGCUCAUUACUACACAUAAUGGGACACAUUGCCUAUGGCUUAUGACCUAUUUUCUGGUAUAAAAUAUGCUCUAACGUCUUCAAUAUAUUGGGUAGAGAAGUGAAUGUGGUAUCAAAUUAAAGUCAUGCUUUAUCACACUUGAUUUUACAAAAUUUCCAAAUUUUGUAACAUGCUACUUGGACGGAAUAAGUGUUUACCCAUUAUAGGCAUUCUUAGCUGCGUCUUUUUAGCUGUUUAGCUUUAGAAUGAGGAGAAAAAAGAAAAAUAUAUGUAUUCAUGUCUCACAUAAGGAUUGUGGAUAAUGGGCAGUUUUCCUUUAAGCUUGAAUAUCAAGUUAAGUGUAAAGUGUUUUUUUUAAUGACCUGCUACCCUAAAACCGUUUUAGUGUCAGUAGUGUUUUCUGUCAUAAUUAGCAAUAUUUUAAAGGUCCCCUAUUAUGCAAAAUUCAUUCAUUUUCUACCGCUUAUCCUCACGGGGAUGCUGGAGCCUAUCCCAGCUGUCUCCAGGCAAGAGGCGGGGUACACCCUGGACUGGUCGCCAGCCAACCACAGGGCAUUAUGCAGCAUUAUUAACUAAAAUGAUAUUAUACCAGCUGUCGCCAGUAGAUGUGCAGUAUUCAUUACACAUCUGAAAAUGAAUCAUGGCGCUCUGCUAACGAUCCGACAGUCAACUCCAGACGUGGGAGCUGUCAGGUUGAUCAUUUCUUCAGCAAACGGGCUAACCCAGCAUGACGUUUCUUGUUUAAAUGUGACUGUAACAUUAGCACUGCAGCACACAUAGCCAUGCUAGUGUUGCUAACGUUUGUGUCCUCCUGUCACACUCCUUAAUGUUACACUAUUGUAUGAUAGAAGACAAGUUUAUGUAGAAAGUGAGUCAGGCACAACUCAUUAGCAUUAAAGCUACUGACACACAAACCCAGGAGGGCUUAGUAAAAACACUGUUAAACUGUCUAAAUUACAGAAUUACAGCAUUGCGGCUUUUUUUAAAAUUGUGAAAAACACUAUAAUAUGGGACCUUUAAUGGUAAAGAUUAACAAAUGGACAACUGUGUUUUCCUGUCAUGGCUGCUGGAAGGCUUUCUGCAUGUCAUGCUGGAUCACACAAACGUAUUACCUCAGAAUUUUACUGAUUACAGAAACUGUUGAUGCUGUGCAUCUUGUCAACGCUUUGGAAGGUCAGUUUUGUCCUUGCUUUACUGUAAGAGACCUCCUCCAGAUCUGAGAAAGGAACUUGAGGAUUGAUAUCUGCUUCACUAUCAAGAGGAGGAGGCAAAUGGGUCAUUUUUCAUGAGAAAAAUGACAAAUAUUUGAUUAAAUACAUAGUGCUAUACACAGGUUACUGAGAAAAGGCGUAGUGUGCAUAGUUUGUCAUGAAUUUGUUUUAUUUGUUUUGUUGUGGCGUGUCUUGUGAUUACUUUUUUUUCUCUCAAAGAUGACGCAAUUUUUAGGGUUACUAAUUUAUCACAUUGUGGAAUUUUAAGGACAAAGCUGUGAAGUAUCUUUGAUGCUCCUUGUCAUUUAAAACACAUUCAAUAAAUUAUUCUAUUAUAUUUGA